GCCACGUCGGGGGAGUUUCCCGAGGCGAGGCGGGCUGGGCCGGGCCCGGCCUUUCUCCUCCUCCUCCUCCGACCCCUGCCCCGGCCCCCGCUGCCGGAGACGCGGCGAGCGGUGUCCGCUGCCAUGGAGGCCCGCUACAACCUCAAGAGCCCGGCGAGAGGGAUGCCUCAAGAGAUGUAGGAGAUGUCUUGAGAACCAGCGCUGGAAGGGAAAGUUUUGCUCCCUAGGAGGGGAAACUGAGGACAGGUGGGGUCCCUCCCGCAGCCCUGUGUUGGAGCAGUGGCCCCUGACCAGCUGUGCUCGCCUUCACCCCCUGGGAGCUGCAUGGGCAGCAGGAGGCCUGUUGCUGCUAAAGCAAAACCUCUUUUGCAGCUUCUGUCAAACGUUUGAUGAAAGAGGCUGCAGAACUUAAGGAUCCUACAGAUCAUUAUCAUGCACAGCCUUUGGAGGAUAAUCUUUUUGAAUGGCACUUUACUGUUAGAGGCCCUCCAGAUUCAGAUUUCGAUGGAGGGAUUUAUCACGGGCGAAUAGUACUACCACCUGAAUAUCCUAUGAAACCACCCAGCAUUAUUUUGCUGACGGCCAAUGGCAGGUUUGAAGUGGGGAAGAAAAUUUGUUUAAGCAUCUCAGGGCAUCAUCCUGAAACAUGGCAGCCUUCAUGGAGUAUAAGAACAGCUUUACUAGCUAUUAUUGGAUUUAUGCCAACCAAAGGUGAAGGAGCAAUAGGAUCUCUGGAUUAUACACCAGAAGAAAGAAGAGCUCUUGCAAAGAAGUCACAAGACUUCUGUUGUGAAAUGUGUGGCACAUCUAUGAAGACAGCCCUCUUACCACUAACAUCCGGAAGUGUGUCAAGCCAGGCGGACAAGGAGGCUAAAGAACUUGCCAGGCAAAUUAGCUUCAAGGCAGAAGUCAAUGCAUCCAGGAAGCCUGAUGCUGGACCCUCAAACAUUUCAGGAUUGAACCACUCUGCAGCUUCACGUGAGCCCCAGCAGGAUGGUGCAGCUAGAGCAUUCCAGGAUCCAGCAAGUGCAACGUCUGAAACUCAGAACAGCAGCGCAGCGGCCAGUCAAGAGCACACUCCACCUGUGUCCACUAACACGUCUAUGAGUCCUCGGCAGCGCCGUGCCCAGCAGCAGAGUCAGAGACGGGCUCCGUCUUCGACUGACUUUAAUCGGGUACAGCAACAAAGAGUCAACAUGAACCACACUGGAUCAACCGUUCUGAUUGUCCUUCUGACUUUUGCAUUGGCAGCUCUUAUAUUUCGUAGAAUAUGCUUGGCUAACGAGUAUAUAUUUGAGUUAUAGGGUUGUUUAUCGUAAGAGCAGUGACUUGAAUGCUUCAUUGAACAUUCUGUAUUGGGUAUGACAUAAGAACUGUUUACAAAGAUUACUUUUUGUAUUUACGCUUAAAUUCUUAUGAAUGUUAAUGUACCUACAGAUACAUUACUUGUAAGAAAAGCCAAGUUGGAAGUUUAACUACCAACAAGUGUUAAUUGAGUGCCCACUAGAUACUUGGAGAAACAGUGCAGUGAAAUAGUAACAUUAAGGCAUGUAGGAGGGGAGUCAAUUUGAGUAAUUUAUCAACUAGAAAAAAGACAAUUUUUAAAAAGUGGUUGAUUCACUUUUUUAUGGAGUGUAAAUGCAUUCAAUCACCCCAUCUAAGUUAGUACAAGAUUUGACAUUGGAGAAGGAAUUAUAAAAUGAAACACUACUAUGUGUUUGUGUCCAGUGAACUCUUAAUUUAGAGGGGAUAAGGUUUUGUAACCACUUUUAUUUACCAUGAUGCAUUUCUAGAAGGGGAACAUGUACAAAUUAUUUGUGAUGCUGCUUUGUGUGUGUGAAAGGGGGAAAGGAGUAGGGGAGGAAAGCAGGGGCCAGAAAACUACUUGCAUUAUUUUGAUUUUAUUUUUUGGAAGAAAGAUUGGAUAAUCUUUUGCAAGAUUUGAAUGUCCUCUUCUAAUACUCGCAAUUGUAUAUCUUGGUUUUUUAAAUUGAAGAUUAUAUAAAACAUGUCUAUUCUUGCAAUAGUUAUAAAUAUAUAAUAUAAUUAUUUACCCAGAGCUAUUGUCUUUUAAUUAUACCAGAAAUAUACAUGUGUUGAACUGAAUGUUUCAUAUGUGGUUUUAUUUACUAAAGAAAAUUUAAACCUUAUUAUACUUAAACUCUCAUAUAUAUGAACAUGCUUAAGAGAAAUAUUUAUUAAAACCCUGGCAGUAAUAAACAGUUUCAAGCCAGCCUUCAGUUAUAUUUCAAGUAUUACAUGGCCUUUUGUUUUUGGUUUGUGGGGUUUUUUGUUUGUUUUUUUUUUUUUGUUUCAGUGUUUUGGUUUUUUUUUUAACAAAAAAAUCAAUAUUGGACCCAGAGGCUUUUUGUAUUAUUAGUUUAUUAAAAAAGUAACUCGUAAUAUUCAUGAAUGCUGUGAAAUCACAUAUACAAGCAAUAGACCUACAAUUGUUAGGUUUUUGAGAGGUUUUGUCUGUCAGUGUUUAAGUAUUGCGGUGAAGUAGAAGAAAGCAAUCAGUGGGAUAAUUUUCCUCUUGUAUUACUGUUCACAUUUAAAUGUAUUCUAGCAUGUUUAUUUCAAAGACAAUGAAAUUUAGCUAAUUUGUUUCGUUGCUGUCAAACACGAUAGCACUGACUUAAGUGAGAUUCUCAUCCUGUUUCUCAGCAAGUAUUUAUCAAGCUACCUACAGCUUUCCUAAAUUUUGUUAAAUAUAUUAUGUAUUAGUGUUGUGAAACAUUACAGUAGCUGUAACAACUUCUAAAAUAAGGAAGGCCCAUUGUGUGUUUAAGGGGGAUGUGGAAAUUAAAAAAAGCAAAACCUGAGUUCCUUUUUAGCACUUCUUGUGGAUUGUUGAUAAUCUUGUUUGCAGGUACAAUGGAACAAAGAUCAAAAAAUAGUUUUCUUAAGAAGUUCACACAAAAGUAUGUAGUUUGUUCAGUCAGUUCAGCCGUUACUCACACAUUCUGCUACAGAACAAUUUGAUGUCAAUAUAUUAAUUGAUGUGGUUUUACCUAAUUUGUAUAUUUAUUUCAUCAGAAAUUAAAACCAAAAAAACCCCACACCAAAACCCCCAAAAACCUCUCCAGAUCCUGUAGCCUAAAAAAUAAAAGUACCUGUGUUUCCUAGUUGGUAUGUUGCUUGAAUACCUGUUCUAUUUAAGCAUUGCAAACCUGGGCUCACAGAAGAGAGUUCUGAAGGAGGUCUGACCCAAAAGACAGUUUUGCUGGGUUUUGACCCACCUGGUCCUCGAAGUUUGCUCUGAAUGUGGUUUUCUUUUCCCAGAGCCUCAAUGCUGUGCCAGGCAAACUUUUGCUCUCAUACCUGUACCACACACUGGCUGUUAGUAAAGCAGCUAAGUCUUCU